AUGAGGUGGGCGAGAAUAUUAAGCGAUGGUCGGCAGGAGACAGCAGAUUUGCAGCGGCCCGGUCAGGCGCACAAGGUUGUGACCGAUAAGCUGAUUAGGAUCACUGACAUGGCAAUUAAGGCAAAUGGACGUCGAAACAUUCGUGAAGUUGCAGAUGAAUUGAGCAUUUGCAUCGGGUCUGUUCACAAUACUGCCAGCAACGUUCUGAAGUAUGAGAAAGUUUGUUGCCAGUGGGUACCCCACAUAUUGUCUGAACACCACAAGAAACAACAAAUGGGCCUCAAUUUACAGUAUUUGGUGCACUACACGGCUUACGGCGACGACGUUUUGUAG